AUGCCUGAGUUCCUGCGCAGCAUACGCUUGCUGGGCCGCAGACCCACAACUCAGCAAUUCAUUGAUACUAUUAUAAAGAAAUAUGGAACCCACAUUCUCAUCUCAGCCACCCUUGGAGGGGAGGAGGCACUUACCAUGUACCUGGCCAAAAACAAGCUUGAUAGGAAGCUUGCCAACACUACUCAGAAUGUGGAAGCCCUUCAUCAACUGGCCUCAUCCUACUUCAUUGACCGUGACGGCACGAUGAGAAAGCUGCAUGAGAUCCAGAUUUCAACUAAUGCCAUAAAGGUAACAGAGACACGGACAGGGCCACUGGGAUGCAGUAGCUAUGACAAUCUGGACUCAGUUAGCUCCAUCCUCCUGCAGAGCCCUGAGAGCAAGCUGCAUCUGCAAGGCCUCCAGGUUAUUUUCCCAGAAUACCUGCAGGAGAAAUUUGUCCAGUCAGCUCUGAGCUACAUAAUGUGCAAUGGUGAGGGGGAAUAUGUGUGCCGUAACAACCAGUGCAUCUGUCAGUGUGCAGAGGAGUAUCCCCAGUGCAACUGUCCCAUUACCGACAUCCAGAUCAUGGAGAACACCCUGCUGGGGAUGUCGGAGUCAUGGGCCUCUUCUUACAAAGACUUCGAGAACUCUGAUGAGUUCAAGUCUUUCCUGAAGAGGCUGCCCUCCACUCAUUUCCUGCCCAUCAGCAGUGUGCAUCUUCUGUGGGGCAGUGACUGGGACCUCCAGGCCCGCUACAGGCUCCUUCAGAGUUCCCUAGAGAUCCAGCGGCUCAAAAUCCAGCGUACCGCCCGCAAGCUCUUUGGCCUCAGCAUUCGUUGUCACCACAAUCCCAACCACCAGAUGCCUAGGGAGAGAUCUGUGAUGCAGUGGCUCAACAGGGUCCAGUCCUUCUUGUACUGCAAUGAGAACGGGUUUUGGGGAACUUUCCUGGAGAGCCAAAGGACAUGUGUGUGCCACACGGGUGUCACGCUGUGCCAACGACCCAUCCCAUGUGUCAUAGGGGGCAACAACAGCUGCGCUAUGUGCAGCCUGGCUAACAUCUCCCAAUGUGGCUCCUGCAACAAGGGCUACAAGUUGUACCGUGGCCGCUGUGAGCCUCAGAAUGUGGACUCAGAGCGUAGUGAGCAGUUCAUCAGUUUUGAAACUGACCUGGACUUUCAAGACUUGGAGCUCAAAUACUUGUUACAGAAAAUGGAUUCGCGACUCUACAUUCAUACUACUUUUAUUAGUAAUGAGAUCCGACUGGAGACAUUCUUUGAUCCACGAUGGCGUAAGCGCAUGUCUCUGACUCUUAAGAGUAACAAAAACCGGAUGGAUUACCUCCACAUGAUUAUUGGCUUGUCUAUGAAGAUCUGUCAGAUGCGAAAUAGCAGCAUAGAUCCCAUGUUUUUCGUUUACGUCAACCCAUUUAGUGGUAGUCAUUCAGAAGGCUGGAGCAUGCCUUUCGGUGAACAUGGUUACCCACGCUGGGAGAAAGUACGACUGCAGAACUCACAGUGCUUCAACUGGACUCUCCUGCUGGGCAACAGGUGGAAGACCUUCUUUGAGACUGUACAUAUUUACCUGCGCAGCCGUGCCAAGAUCCCGACUGGCCUUCGCAACGAUACAGGACAGGGCCCCGUGGAUCUGGGAGACCCUAACAAGCGCCAGAUCUACAUAAAAAUCUCUGAUAUUCAAGUGUUUGGUUAUAGCCUUCGCUUUAAUGCCGAUCUGCUUCGUAGUGCUGUACAGCAGGUGAACCAGUCAUACACACAAGGGACUCAGUUCUACUCCUCCUCAUCUGUCAUGCUCCUGCUACUGGACAUAAGGGAUCGGAUUAAUCGUUUGGCACCUCCCUCUGCACCUGGCAAACCCCAGCUGGACCUCUUCUCAUGUAUGUUAAAGCAUAGGCUCAAGCUGAACAACAGUGAGAUGAUUCGAGUCAACCAUGCCUUGGACAUGUACAGCACAGAAAUACUAAAACAAUCAGAUCACCUGACUGCUAAACUCUGUUAAACGUGACAUUAACUUAAGGAGAGCCAACUAAACAACACCUGACACAUAAACAAUGGAGGGAUGUUAAUCUUUUUUUCCUUUUUUUCUUUUUUUGACCUUUUCUGCCUUUUGAUGUAAUAUUAACUUUGUAAGCAUAAUUCUUAAAAAAGAAAAAAAAAGGAAAAGGCAGUGAUGAAAAGCUUUUCUGGCAGAUAAAGAAGAUUAAUGGAACCACUAUAAAGACUGUAUCAUAUUUGUCCCAGCAUGUCUGUAACUCCCUAAAAAAAUUAAAAUGGAGAGUGAAAAAAGAAAAAAAAAAGAUAUAUAUGAAUAUAUACAUUAAAUCUAUGUACUGGUGAAAAAGAGGCCUUGAUUUUAAUCUGAGGGAUCAAAGGUUUUGUCUGAAACUGCCAUUCUUUAUUGAAAAAAGACAUUUUUAAAGGAAUAAUGAUAAAACACACAGGCAGACAAGAUAUUAUUUUAUUUCUCCUGAAGCGCAAAAUAUUUCAGAUGUAAUGGACAGUUUAAUAUUGAAAUGUUUAUACAUUGUAAGGAUUAAAUAGCCUUAGUGAGUAAGUAGUCCACACAUUACUUAUAAACUCUAUUGCGUUUCAGAUCCAUGCUGAAUCUGCAUUGCUCUUUGAGAGUUCCUGGACAUUUUGUCAUUGUUCUGACACAAAAGGCACACAGUACGGCAGUCAAGGACAGUCAUGUCAAAUAACAAAAGCCAGCUGUUUAUAUAUACAUAUGUAUGUGGGUGAAUGUGUGCGUAUGUGUGAGGGCCUGUAAAACCAUGUCUUUUUUUUUUUUUUUAGCUUGAUGCUUAUUGCUGUUUGUUAAUUGAAUGUGUCACUUGAGACUGACCCCACUCUUAGCUGAAUCUUGCAUUUGGAGCGCUUCUUCCCGUGUUUGAAAUUCAAGCUGUGUUUUUCACAAGGCAGUACCUCCUGGUGCGUGAGUGCAAUAUUGUGGUCUGAAGAUUUAACAAUCAAUGCUAUUUUGUACAGCUUUGCAAAAUGUACAUGUUGUGACUGCUGAUUUGUGGAGCUUUUCCGCACCAAGAGCAAAAUGUAAACAUUCAUCAUUCAGGCACAUUUGCGAAACAACUUAAAGCCAUACACUUCCCUGAGGUAGACAUAUAAAGUAAGGCAUAAAGCUUAUCCCAACUUGUUCCAUUUGUAUGUCUUUGUGUUAUUCUCUGAUGAUUUCAGAUAAGAGCACAGCAAAAAGAGAGAUGACAAGGGAAGACUUAUUAUGUUGAGUGAGAUUGUAUUGUAAAGCCAUUGAAUUUCCGUGUUGUGCUGCAGGAAAAGAAGAAGACAAAGAAGAAAUGUGAUAUUAUACCUUAUAAUAUCUUUUUGCCAGUGUUUAAUCUGUAAGCUAUGUAUGAUCAUGUGUAAAAAUGUAUGUUUUUAUUUUGAGAUAUGAAUAAUUUUCUGCAUGAUGCUGGAAGCAUAAACAGAACUGCAACUUUGUGAAACACUCAAUUAUCAAACUAAAACAUGAAACACUACCUAAGUAUUAAUUAGCUUUUAAUUUAAAAAAAUCAAAUGCUGAAACAUCCUAAUGAUCAGUAAUAACAUUUGUCACCAAUUGGAUAUUAACAAGACAAGCUCACUUGAGUAGUAAAAAAUAGUUAUUCCAGCCAUUUUGCAGGGUGAAAGCGAGUCACACCUAAGGAAUAAGAGACAUAAUAUUUUCCCUUUUGUCAAACAAGUUAGAUUUAGAUUAAUUUUCACUCUGUAAAGUGUAAAAGAUUGAUGGCGCAAUUGCAAGCUUUCUAUAACAUCUAAAUAACUCAGUUUUAAGACUUUAUUGUUUUUUUUUUAAAUCUUUUUUUGUUUCUUAGUCUGUUGGUGUAGAUAGUUUUUUUGUGUUGCUAUUAUCUCAUUUUGUAUUCUGAAAAUAAAUGUCAUUCAUUUAACUUUGAUGAAACUGGUUUGUUGAGAGGUGAGAGCUGAGCUGUGUAUACUGCUGAAAACCACCAAAUGACACGAGUGCAAAGUGAAUUUGAACAACAGUGAAAUUGGAAUUCCUCAACCAGAGCAAAACUUUUUGGGUUUUUAUAUUCACAUGGAAUCUGAAAAUAUUUGUCAACAGAACCAAAUGUGAACAUUUUUUGUUACAUUUGAUUUUCAGAUCAGAUCUUCACCACAGUGAAAUGACUGACUUCCUGUGUAAUAAUUAGUAAGUUUGUUAUACUGAAAUUAAAUGAAUUUCAGCAGUUAGAGGGCUGGGGUCAGUUUGAUUUAGGAAAUUGUAGGUUAUGGCAAUUGCUCAGCACUGUGUCUUUGAACAAGUUUUGUGCUUUGAUGUUGUCAUGAUCACAAUAUCAUUCAGAAAGUUGUUACGGCUCAGUGGAUUUCCAGUUGUGUCGGUCUAGCUGAUUAGUAUGCUAAUGUUUGCACGGUAACCGCUUUACUUUGACAAAACCACUGUAACAUUUGCAUGCUAAUAGUAACACCAAUGCUGUGUCUCAAUUCACAUACUUCCGUAAUUACACAUGAUUUAAUGAGUGUGUAAGUGUACUCACACUAACAAAAACAAUUUCAGUUACCUUUGAAAUUACUCUCACCUUUGAAUUUGGCAUACAAUGGAACAAGAUUAACAAAUGAAAAUACUCAAAAGGUUGCUACCAGUAGCACAUUUUAACAGGCAUUGACAGUUUUUGUCUUGUGUAGUUGUUUGGUGUUGAAGCAUGUUGAAUUGUCGUCUUCACUGUAGUAUUUUGUGCAGUCAGAAGCGAGAAAUUUUUUUGAAAAAUGUAACUAGUGUGGCAGUUGCAAUUGUCAUUUUCUGUUGGUGUACAACUUGAAAAGCUGCUGUCAAAAUUCACUCAUUACACCCCUAUGUUCCUGUAUACAACUUACUACGAGUACCGUAUGUACUAACGGAAGUAUUCAAAUGAGACACAGUUCUAGAACAGGGCUCAGCUGACAAACUGACAGAUUAAAGUGCUUAAGAUGUAUUCAAAUGGCCUCAAUAUUAUAAUAUAAAAUGAUCUUAUAAUAUGUUAAAGAAAGUUUCCACUGUAUGACCUUGACUGAUUAGUAUUAGUACUAAAUUAUACUCAUGAAUUCUCACCCAAAUUGUAUUAAUAUUAGUUAUCAUUGUUUAUAUUAUUAUUAGUUAUUAUUGUUGCUAUUAUUAUUAUUAUUAUUAAGUGCCUGUUAUCAAUCCCUUUAAAAAAAUUUGAGCUGGAGAAAAGUUUAGUAUUGAACAAAAGAGUGCCAUUUAGUAAUCUGAAAAAUGUAAGACCAUAUAAUUUGACUUGGUAAAUGAUUUUUGACAAAAAAAAAAGAAAAAAAAACCUCCCUGAAGGAGUUGGAGAAAUCGACCACCAGAAAGACAACAGCUGACUUGUGGAAAUGGCGGAACAUUUUGGUCCAUGUUGUAUGAUAUAUGUGUAAAUAAGAACUCCUUUACAGUAACAAUGCAUUAUCAUGAAAAAAAAUAACAGCAUUGAAAGGAAAUACAAAGACUUAUUCAAAGAAGCUUUCCAUUUGAGUACAUUAGCACAAAAAUACAGUCUCCCCAAUGUCUUGUGUCUAUUUGGAUUCAUAACCAUUUAUGACUGUUUUUAAAUUGUCAAAACCUACUGUAUAUUACAAUUUCGUUUGCAUACCCUAUCAAAAAUCAUAAAACAAGCACAUUUACUUGUAUAGCAUUCUGCUACCAUUUUUGCUUACUGUAAAUGUAUCCAUAAAUUUGUCUGAACAUUUUUACAUCUAAUACCUUGCCUAUGUAUUUCUUUUGCCUUUCCUUUUGGAACAUUGUUUCAG